AUGAACGCACAACUCAUCCAAUCAUACGGUUGUGGAGACUGGGUGCUCAACCUAGAAUGCUUUGAUAGUCAUGGAAUUGUUGCAGGAAUGUCCAAUGGAUUCAUCAAGCUAUUUCCUUUUGCCGAUCAAAAGGGAUUAGCUGGAGGUUCUUUAUCUUCAUUCAAAGCACAUGACGGUGCUGUGAACAAACUUAUAGCCAUAAAUGAGAAUACGUUAGCUAGUUGUGGUAAUGAUGGUAUGGUGAAAAUCUGGGAUCUUAGACAGCCCUUGAAAUCUGACCAAAGCCAGCCAAUUGCUGUUAUGAAGAACCAAAGAGGUUUACCAUUUUUGUCUUUAGAUGUAGGUCACGGACUGAUAGCUUCAGGAACAGCAUUGAAAGGACAGGACUCUGAAUUAAUAUUAUGGGAUUUAAAAAAUCCUGAUACUUGUAUCAGGACUUUUAAGGAUUCUCAUCAUGAUGAUAUCACCGAGAUUAGAUUUCAUCCUACUAGAAGCGAUCUUUUGCUAAGUGGGUCGACGGAUGGUUAUGUGAACAUCUAUGAUCUUAAAAUGGAAGACGAGGAAGAUGCACUACUGCAGGUGAUCAAUUUCGACUCUAUACAUUCUGCCAAUUUCUUAUCUGAAAACAGAAUAUACUCGCUAUCGCAUAUGGAGACGUUAUUAGUCGACGAACUUGUCAAUACUACUAUCGAGGAAACCGAAGGGGUAGUUGAGUCUACACCCGACAAAUACGGUGAUGUCAGAGAGAAAUGGGGCUGUGAAUAUGUCGUGGACUUGUAUGCUCCAGGAUACAUCUGUUGUGGAUCCAAUACCAAAAGAGAAUUGAAGCUAUUUCAUUUCGAUCCCUUAAAAGAAGAUUUUGCUCAAUUAGGAAAUACCCAAAGCAUCAAAUUUCCGGAGGCUCACGGUGACGAAGUUGUUAGAGAUAUGGCCAUCUACAACAAUAUAGUUUACACGGCCGGUGAAGACAGUACAGUCAAAGCCUGGAAACUACCAUGUAAUCUUACUGAAACUACCCAUACAUUUUUCGGAUCUCAGAAGCAGCUAAGGAACAAUGAGAAUAGACAUGAACAUAAGCAUGAGCAUGAGCAUAAGCAUGAACACAAACAUGAGCAUAAGCAUGAACACAAACAUGAGCAUGAACACAAACACUCCCAUAAACACAACCACAAACAUAAACAUCCAGCCAGAUUUAAACCAUACUAA